AGUACAGCAUGGUUCAGUACGACAUUCCUUUAUAGGAUACAUUUACACAUUGAUCACAGAAUAAAAGUAAUUACAACGAAAUGAAUAGAUACUGUCACUGCUUGCCGUACGACUGUAUACAAUGUAUUAAUAAAAGCUAGAGAAAUAAAGCAUCAAACAGAAUAGCGAAUUAUGGAAAAUAGAGGGACACUGGGGUAAUCAUUUCUGAAAUACGAACAGAAUAGAUCUAUACCUCUCUAUAAAAAGAAACAUUCGCAGUGACAGAACAGGAGUUAAUGUAAUAUCAAGCAAUCAAAGCUUAAGAUUUCGUGGCUACACUUUUCAAAAUAAUUUUAAUUUAUUGCGAGCAAAUUAUCGCGACACUAAAGAAGAUGGACUUCCAAAAUGUAAACCCCCUAAAUGUAAAAUUAAAUAUACUCUCAGGCAAUUUGUUACCAAUGACUAGCGAUAAUUCGUCGUUUCCCUUAGUGUGGAAAAUGUAUAGCAUUGUCAUAUGGCUAAUCGAACUGAUUCAAACCAGCGCAACAAUCUGCGGAUAUGUAUCAGUGGCAAAUAGUGACACUCUGCAGGAUAGUGGAACGGUCAGCUUCGUGGUGAGCAUUCAAGUAUUUAUUUUGCUCACGCGAAUGUACGCCUCCAGAGAUCUAGCGAGUCAAUUAAUCCAAAAGUUCAACAGCUUUCUGCGCUCUGAGGACGAGAGUAUGAAAAGCAUUGUGAAUUCGACCAUGAAACCAUUGGAGAUUCCGCUAGAAUUUUAUAGCAUAGGUGGUACUGCAUCCGUAAUACUAUGGUGCUGUUUACCAUUCUUUCUGAUUAUCAAGAAGAAAUAUUUCUUCUACGAAGAUUAUGCAAUGAUAGCAGCCUUCUCGAAACAGCCAUUUUCGACCAAUGUUUUUGUGCUAGGCAAUAUUAUGGAAGGUAUUUCUAGCGGUUACAUGUUUCUAAAGAAAGUUGCCAUAGACAUCUAUAUGAUAAAUAUCGUGAUGCUGAUGACGGCGCAGUAUCGCUACGUUGCAGUGAAGCUCGCGACAAUACUUCGCAACGAUGCUUCAGAAGAGAAUGAGAACUGUGAAUUCCAGAAGGAGCGUUCUCUAUUGACGGAGAAAAAGAUGAAGGCGUUAUGUCGACAUUAUAACACUGUAAUUCUCACGAUGUUAACAUUAAAAAAAUUCCUAUCUUUGAAUAUGAGUUAUAUAUACUUGAAUAAUAUCGUUCUUUUCUGUUUCAUCGACGUUCUUAUCGUAAAUAUAAUAGUGUCAAGGGCUUACUUGCAAGUACCCGUGAUUGUUAUGUAUUUAUGUGGUACUUUAAUACAACUUUAUAUUAUGUGCUUCUGCAUUCAUCAAUUAUUAGACGCGAGUAAAGAAGUAACAGAUGAAGCAUUUCAUGAGAAAUGGUAUCAAUUUGGACCAUCGCUAAAAUAUAUGUUCAGGAUGAUUAUGAUGGCCAAUAAUUUAAACAGUAAAUUUUCGAUUACUGAAAAGUUUAGUCUAUCUCUCCCUUCAUUUUUAUCGAUUUUAAAUCAAUCAUAUUCGAUUGCUCUUUUGCUUUUAAAAAUGAAGUGAACAUUGACGAGGAUAUUUAUUCCGUUUCGAACAUUGCAUCUUUAUAUUCUUUACACAACUUUAGUUUGUAAUAAAAUUUAAUUAUAUGACUAAUCAGUAUUGUUGAUAUUUGUACUACUUGUUUUAGAAGAGAAAACAUUACGAAAUAAGACUUCAUCACUGGCCAUUUUGCCAUCCCUGAGCGCGCGAAAUUCUAGCUUUGCUAUUCGAGAUGUUUAAACUGUUCCCAUUUGAAAA